GAUAGCUAGACACACACCCCUUGUUUCUUUCCAUUCUGCCUUUGAUUGAUUAUUAUCUUCAUAUCAAGGACAAGCUUAAUAGCUUAUAGUUUAAUGACCAUUUUUUUUCCAAAGCUUCUUCUUUGGUUCUCCUAAUUAAUUUCAUGCAUCCCCCUUAAUGAAGUGACACUCCAAAAAUACCAUCUUUGGUGUUUUACUUCUUUUUUUUUUUUUUUGCUAAUUAAAUUUUUUAACUAGAUAGCUCUGGUUGCAGCCAUAGAUGGAAUUUCCCAACGAAGCAAUACCAGAAGGGUGUUCACAGAAGAAAACGGGAAGGGGGAAAAUAGAAAUCAAGCGGAUCGAGAACACAACGAAUAGGCAAGUUACCUUCUGCAAACGCCGUAACGGGUUGCUCAAGAAGGCUUAUGAAUUGUCUGUUCUGUGUGAUGCUGAGGUUGCUCUUGUUGUCUUCUCAAGCCGUGGACGCCUCUAUGAGUAUGCCAACAACAGUGUUAGAGGAACGAUCGAUAGGUACAAGAAAGCAUGUGCUGCCUCCACAAAUCCAGAAUCUGUCUCUGAAGCUAAUACACAGUUUUAUCAGCAGGAAGCGUCCAAAUUAAAACGACAAAUCAGAGACAUUCAGAAUCUAAACAGGCACAUCCUUGGUGAAGCUCUUAGCUCUCUGAGUCUGAAGGAAUUAAAGAACCUGGAGAGUAGACUGGAGAAAGGUUUAAGCAGAGUUAGAUCCAGAAAGCAUGAAACUUUGUUUGCCGAUAUCGAGUUCAUGCAAAAGCGGGAAAUAGAGCUGCAAAACCAUAAUAAUUUUCUGAGAGCUAAGAUAGCUGAACACGAGAAAGCACAACAACGGCAACAGGAUAUGAUACCGGGAAAUGUGUGCGAGUCAACCAUACCUCCACAAUCAUAUGACCGCAAUUUCUUCCCUGUUAAUCUCAUAGAUUCCAAUAAUCAAUAUUCAAAUCAAGACCAGACUGCUCUUCAACUUGUCUGAUAAACGAUUUGAAAUUAUGCCGCAGCCUUUCAAGUGGUGUGGGAUCCCUUACAUCGUCCUAUGUUUCGUGAAGGAGAGUGCCCUUAGAAACUCCUCUGCUAAAGUUCUUACAACGGAGAACAAGAGAAAAACUAAUCAGCAUUUGUACCAAUACAUCAUUUGAUAUUGUUUAUGUAUCUUUCAAUAUAUAUAGUUUCUAUUCAGUCCUGGCAUAUUGUAUUUUUAUGUUAUAAAUGCUUAUUUCAAUAUGAACACUAUAUCUAUCGAGGAGUAAAAGUUAACUGGGCGUCCGCAUUAUUCAUCAAAGUUGGACAACAAAGAGGAGGGGAUUAAAAUCAGUGGGUUACUUUUGAUUCUCAAGCAUUUGAGGAAUAACACAACUAUUGUAUUU